AUGAACACCGAAAACCAGGGUAAACACCUUCCCUCCCUUGCUCCAGGGCCCCGCGGCCCGGUUGCUGCUGGCGCAACCACCUUAGCCAAGUCGAGAAAGAACUCAACGGCAUGUUUGCCAUGUAAACAGGCGAAGAGAAAGUGCAGUGGACGCCCACCACCCUGCAAAGCAUGCCAAAACACGGGAGCAGACUGUAUUUUCGACGAGACACUCGACCUAAGGCGGAAAGUUGCUGCUAGACGCACCCAGGGAGAGCUGGAAUACUACCGAGGCCUGUUAUACUCCCUUCUCGAAACGCUCCGUUCCGCAGAUGAAGAGAAAGCCCGUCGAAUGCUGGAAAGAAUCCGUGGUAAUGUUGAUUUGAAUGACAUCACCGCAGCCAUUGAUGAGCCUGCCAAUGAUCUCAGUGACGGAAGUUCAGAGCACUCGAAAGGGGCAGAGGACGCCAUAUCUCAACACGAACGUCUGUUAGCCGACGCCCACUUGCGGAUAACGGUGGAAAAGCUUUGCGAUAAUCCCUUAUUCCGAAUGCCUUCCGGGCCUUGGACGACUAUCACCAAUGAUGACCACCUCAUUUCGCACCUCAUAUCUCUGUACUUCACCUGGGACCAUCCGUUAUUGCAGGUCGUGGAUCAAGACAUAUUCCUUAACCAGAUGUGUUCUAGAGACAAGAAUUCGGAGUGCUGCUCCUCGCUGCUUGUGAAUAGCAUGCUAGCAGUCGCAAGUAUCUAUUCCGAUUUCCCAGAAGUGUUCGCCAUACCGGAUGAUGAGACGUCACGAGGCCAACACUUCUACAAUGAAGCGGAGCGGUUGUGGAAGGCGGAGGAAGGCCAAGUUUCGCUAGUCAACAUUCAAGCCGUGGCCCUAAUGAGUCGGUUCCUGAAAUUCCAGGGUAAAGAGAACCUAAGCUGGCUGAUGCUCAGACAAGCGGUACAGCUUGGCCAGGACUUUGGCAUGUUCACGUCCCCAAGGACAAGACACCGCCAAUGGGAAGUGAUGCCUUCCAGGAUGCAGCAUCUGGGUGCGAUUACUGCCUGGGGUAUUUUCAUCUGCAACUCUCAAACAUCGCUGCAAAAUGGCAAGGUUGCAGAAUUGAAGCCUCCUAGGUAUAAGCCAUAUCUCGUGAGUGGAAUCGACGACCAUAUUCUGUGGACUCCGUACCCUCGCUUCAACCAGGUCGACUACGUCAAGAAACCGGCGCAUCUCCGUUUUGUUGCGACCAAGAUGAUUGAACUGACGGAAAUUGUGAUCGAUGUACAAGCCCUGUUGUUUGACAAGGGGCUCGACAUGAGUAUUGGCGAACUAUGGAUGGCGGCAGGUGGAAUAUAUGUUCGGUUGAAAGAUUGCCUUGGUGGUCUACCGGAUAUCCUCGACAGCGAGGAUGAGAAAGUCCCACAAGUCUUAUGCGUGUAUAUCGGAUAUCACCAUACCAUCGUGACACUGUUCCGGUUCUUCUUGGAGCAUCAACAGUUUGGGCCGGCGUCACACCCAUCUGAAUUCGAGCAAGCCAAGCAGAAACAGCUCCAAUCGGCAAAAGAAAUCGUUCAGUACCUCCGCCUAUACCAUGAAAGUUAUGGAUUGCGCCAAAUACCGCGGCAAAUACUCGAGCCCACCAAUAGUAGUCUGCUUGUAUUGCUGGGCUUGGACGAUGACGAUUCGAAAGACGCGUUUGUCGAGCUCUGCCGGUUCAUGGUGGCAUUUAGUAAGAGGCUCGCGCUGGCCAAAGAGAUGCUUCGCAACCUUGAAGGUAUCGUUCGGUCCGCGAGGCUCAGGCUACCGCCAGAAGCCGUGGCCGUGCUAGAUCACAAGGGGCUAGAGACUUCACAAUGGCUGUGA